GAUUUUCAUUCCUGGAUUUUUCAUCUUUUCCUAAGGAGAUAAGUUGAGAUUGUUUAAAACAGCAGCGAAAUUCCUUCCCAACCACAUAAAUCUGCUGGUUUUAACCGCAGAUCCAGGGCUGAGGCUGGGGAUGAAGCUCGAAUGGGAAAGCCCGAGCUGCGUGUGCCUGCAAUGAAAUUAUAAAUCCACAUCCCGGAGCAAGCGAGCAGCAGGAGGCACCAGGAACCUCCAUCAGCAGAAGCGCUGGGCUGCAGCAAGGGAUGGGAUUGGGAGUGGAACCGACAGGGCUGGGAGAGCUGUUGGCAUUUCUCCUGACAAAACCCUGCACAAACCGAGCCAGCCCAGGUGGAACCACGGCGUUGGAGCCGCCCGGUGCUCGGUGCUGAGCCCCCUUCCUGCCCCCUGAGCUCUGCCCUCAGGUUCCUCGGCUGUAAAGUGAAGAAGAUGCUGCCAAGCCCUGCUUGAAAAGCGCUGUCAGACGCAGCAAAUGUCACCCAGUGGCUCAGGUGGUGCUUGGUCAGCUGGCACACAGCACAUCAAGGGCACACUCUGCAUCAGCUGCCCACUGAGGGACCAGCAAGGCUAAGGCCAGCCUGGACUGGCCAGUGAUGAGUGGAGAGGAGCAACAAUUCCACCCUGCAAGGCAGAGCCAAGGAGGGAAUUGGCCUCUGCCACCCUCAAAGCCCAAUUAACCAAAUCAGCACAGCUCAGGAGGCUUCGGCAGGAGCAAGAGGAGAACUCCAAGGAGGAAUUGCAAUGAGGAGCCCAGGCUGGUUGUGCUGGACCCUUCACCAUGUGAACGUCCCCAGGCCCCAAUGCCUCAGCAGAGCCCCAUGUCGGAGCAGCCCUGCACCUGCAGAACGGCACAUGGCAGCGCGGCAGUGAGCCCCUAGACCAUGCCCCACACCAUGAGAUGGUGGCUCCCGCUGCUGGCCCUGCUGCUGCUGUCCCCGCGGGCGGGCGCGUGCCCCGCGCGCUGCGAGUGCGCGCCGCAGCUGCGCUCGGUGCUGUGCCACCGCCGCCGCCUCACCGCCAUCCCCGAGGGCAUCCCCAGCGAGACCCGCGUGCUGGAGCUCAACAAGAACCGCAUCCGCUGCCUCAACCCCGGCGACCUGGCGCCCUACCCGCUGCUGGAGGAGCUGGAUUUCAGCGAGAACAUCAUCUCCAAUGUGGAGCCCGGCGCCUUCAGCAACCUGUUCAACCUGCAGACGCUGCGGCUGCGGGGGAACCAGCUCAAGCUCAUCCCCCCAGGGGUCUUCACCAAGCUGACCAACUUGACCCUGCUGGACAUCAGCGAGAACAAGCUGGUCAUCCUGCUGGACUACAUGUUCCAGGACCUGCGCAACCUGAAGAGCCUGGAGGUGGGUGACAAUGACCUGGUGUACAUCUCCCAGCGCGCCUUCUCGGGGCUGCUGGGCCUGGAGCAGCUGACCAUUGAGAAGUGCAACCUGACCUCCAUCUCGGCCGAGUCGCUGUCCUACCUCCAGAAUCUGGAGGUGCUGCGGCUCCGGCACCUCAGCAUCUCUGCACUGGAGGACCAGAACUUCAAGAAGCUCUACAACCUCCUGCAGCUGGAGAUUGACAACUGGCCACUGCUGGAGGAGGUGUCCCCCACCAGCUUCCAGGGCCUGAACCUCACCUCGCUCUCCAUCACCUACACCAACAUCACAGCCGUGCCCGCCGCUGCCUUGAGGAACUUGGUGUACCUGCGGUACCUUAACCUGUCCUACAACCCCAUUAGCACUGUGCUGAAGGGCUCCUUCAAAGACCUCAUCCGGCUCCAGGAGCUCCACAUCGUGGGCGCUCUCCUGGUGUCCGUGGAGCCGCAGGCUUUCUCCGGCCUGAGACAGAUCCGGCUGCUCAACCUCUCCAGCAACUUCCUGUCCACGCUGGAGGAGAGCACCUUCCACUCGGUCAACACGCUGGAGACGCUGCGGGUGGACAGGAACCCCCUGGCCUGCGACUGCCGGCUCCUCUGGAUCCUGCAGCGCCGCAAGACGCUCAACUUCGACGGGCAGCAGCCCAUGUGCUCCUCACCGCCCGAAAUCCAGGGCAACGCCCUGCGCGACUUCCCGGACUCGGUGCUCUUCGAGUACUUCACCUGCCAGAAGCCCAAGAUCCGGGAUCGGAAGCUGCAGCACGUGACGGCGCGGGAGGGACAGUCCGUGUCCUUCCUGUGCCGCGCCGACGGCGAGCCUGACCCCUCCAUCGCCUGGGUGUCCCCCCAGCACCGCAUGAUCACCACCCGCAGCACGGGCCGGGCCACGGUGCUGCCCGGGGGCACCCUGGAGAUCCGUUUUGCCCAGGUGCAGGACAGUGGCACCUACAUCUGCAUCGCCAGCAACGCAGGUGGCAAUGACACCUACUUCGCCACGCUGACGGUCAAGGGGCGCCCGGCUGACGGCGCCCACCUCGCCAACCGGACUUUGUACCUCAGCGACUUCAACGACACCUUCCACAACAACACCCAGGUCUUCUUGAAGUUCACCUUGGACCUCAAGACCAUCCUGGUCUCCACGGCCAUGGGCUGCAUCACCUUCCUGGGCGUGGUGCUCUUCUGCUUCCUCCUGCUCUUCGUCUGGAGCCGCGGACGGGGGCAGCACAAGAACAACUUCUCCGUGGAAUAUUCCUUCCGCAAGGUGGAUGGUCCCACCACCACCACCGGCCAGGGAGGGGCCAGGAAGUUCAACAUGAAGAUGAUCUGAGCCUCUCCCAGAGGAGAACCAUUUUCUGCAUCCCAGCCCCAGGCUGGGAGGGCUGGGAGGGCUGUGGGAGCACCGGCCGUGUCCCAGAGCUGGCAGAGUGACCUUGCUGUGCUGGGACAUGGCUGGAGACAGAGGUGCCACAAGCCAGCAGGGUCAGAACCGUGGGGACCUCAGGGUCGGGGAGGGAUGACCCCAAUGUCCCAGCCCUGUGGAGAGCCCUCAGAGCUCAGGGGCUGUCCCAGGGGCUCCUGAUGUAGCGAGGUUUUUGCUACCAACUAUGCAUUUCUUGAGCCAAAAGAUCAGCAGUGUUUGGGCCUGGGAGAAAAAUGCUUCCUGUUUUCCCCCCACCCUUUUCCUUUUUUUGUAAGGGACUCUUCAAAAAACUUUCCUGGUAGUUGUUUGUGGUUCUUUUCUUGUUGUUGGUGGGGGUUUUGGUCUGAUUUUUUUUUUAAUUAAUUUCCAAGAGAAAUGUCUUCCGGGGCGAUGCGGGACUGGGGAGAUUGUGCCAAGCUCAGGGGUCCCCCAGCCCCUUGGCAAAGACAGACCCCCCCCUCCCGGGCACAGAUGUGCCUUGAGAGCUUUUCCUCCAUGGAUUUAAGAUCCAGCAUCUGCCAAUGUGGGUGCCCGGGGACACUUCUGCACAAGCAAUAAUAACCCUCCAGGGCCAGGCUCUAAAGAGGUGUCAUCAAGAAAAAAAAAAGGGGAAAAAAAAGGCAAAAUGAGGCCAAGAUCAUUAAAAUAAGGAAAAGCAACCCCAGGGUGAUGCAAGGCCCCCCCAUCUCUGCAUACACCCAAUGGGAGGUUGGGAUUCCUAUGGGUUCAAAAGGCACUUUUGGGUUCAUUUUUUUGGAAUUGCAAAGUCAAAAUCUGCAGGAGAGCAGGACCUGGCUCAUCCUGUGCAGGCAGGCCCUACGGCCCAGGAAAGAAGAGGAGAGAAAUGCUGGGAAGAAGCAGUCCAGGAGAACAUCCUAGCUGACACCUCCAUCCCAGAUCCUGUACCCUCCGACACUAAGGACCACGGGGCAACGUUCCUGGGGCUGCUCCUGCUGCCACAGGGGUGGUUCCUGCCUUCCCAUCCCACCCCUUCCAAGGCCGUGCCCUGGCUCUGCCUCAGGACGUGAAUUUUUGUGUGAGGGAGAAGGAAUGAAGCUGGAAUGGAAGAGCCUGGGUGUAACCUGGAGGAUCCAGGGAGUUCAUUGCUUCCUCCUCCUCUUCCUCCUCCCAUGUGCACCCUGGGGGUUGCUGCAGGUCCCACCUUUGUCUCCAUUCCUGCAGGGAUAUUCCCCACCUGGAUAUCCCUUCUCCAGCCAGUGAUGGUCAGGCUGGGAGCUGGAGGGAGCAGCUGUGCAUUCCCUGAUGGGCACCGGAGCAUCUGAGGGGUUGGGAGCUUUGUGGGGCACAAGUGGCUGCUCAGAACAUCCCCCCAGCCCUGUUCUGCUGACAGGGUUCCCCCAUCCAUCCAUCAUCCAUCCAUCCAUCCAUCCCUCAUCCAUCCAUCCAUCCAUCCAUCCAUCCAUCCAUCCCUCAUCCAUCCAUCCAUCAUCCAUCCAUCCAUCCAUCCAUCCAUCCAUCCAUCCAUCCAUCCAUCAUCCAUCCAUCCAUCCAUCCAUCCAUCCAUCAUCCAUCCAUCCAUCCAUCCAUCCAUCCAUCUAUCCAUCCAUAUCCAUCCAUCCAUGUCCAUCCCUCCCUGCCAUGGGUCUGUCUGUCCCCGUGGCCCCUCAUGCCCGGUGCCCCUCGCCCCCAGCCAUGCAUGCCGUGUCCUCCCAGGGUCCUGUUUGGUGUCUGGGGUUUUUUUUAUCCUUGGGGAGAGGGGUGGGAGGGCAGGGAGGGGGUCAGGCAUGGACCCUCACAGUGGGAGCAAAGGGCAGUGCAGACCUGGCACAGUUUUCUAUGUAAUGAGCAUGUCAGAUGUAUUUGUGAGCAAAACAAAACAAAAAAAAAAAAAAAAAAAAAAACGGGAAAAAGCGACUUUUGUGGCUCAUUUAGGUUUUUCUCCCCCUCAUGUGUCUCAAUAAGAAAAGGCAAAAUCAGUGGGCAGAGCCUGAGCAGGAGCUGGAAAGGGCAGGAGCACCAGAAUUCACAGCUCUGAGCUCUCCAGACCUGCUGCAAGCUGGGAAGCCACUGGAAUUCCAGCAGACUUUCCCCCUUCCCAGGGCUCUGCUGGGAUUUGCAGCCCCUGAGUCCAUCCCCACCAUCAGUCCCACAAACCCCACAUAAACAACGUGAAACCACCUCCCAGAGGAUACCAAAGUCCAUACUAAUAACCAAUAAAUGAUUA